AUGGCGAGCAAAGAAAGGAGGACUGAGCCGCCCGCCAGCCCGCAGGCAGCGGCUGUCACCGCCACGACGCGCCGGAACGCCAUGAAGGCGGGCGAAGGAGAGAAAGAAGAGGCGAGAGAGAAGGAGCGGGGGCAACUCGGCAGCGCCGCCUUAUCCGGGCCAAAGGCAGAGCCGGCUGCGAGCAGCCCGCCUCGUCACGCGUGUGUGCAUCGUGUGUGUCGUGGCGCCGCCAGAGAGAACAUGGCCCGCAUGGAGCUGGCCAGUGGAUGGAAUUCCCGCCCCCGAAGAGCUCUGUUGACACUGGAUGUUCCCAGCAUGAUGCUGUCACUCAGAAGUGACAUCAUCAAACUGGGCACGUUGAGCGGGGAACGCUUCUCUAAAGAUAUCAUAGUUGGGGGCCUCUCCAAAAUGUCCAUGGACAACAGAGGUCCCGUAACCGAAGCGGACAUUGAAGCCUUUGCCCAAUACCUGAGGAACUUCACAUCUGGCCAGCUGCUGCAGCUGAGUGAGUAUUUCCGCCCAGAGUUCAUCUACGUCAUCGAAAAUGACAUUCCCACCGUGCUUCAGGAACUGAUAAGCAGGAGGGUCGUCACGUAUUCGCAAGCUCAGACUUAUGCCGAGCUGGAGAAACAUCGGGAUGCAACAAUAGCAGCAGAGACUCUGGUGAAUGAAGUUCUUGCAGAGAGCCAAGAUGCUGCCGUCGGGCUUUGGAAGUGUUUCUUUGCUCUCAGGAGCAGGUGGUCUCACCCUAACCUCCAGGGGAUGGUAGAGGAAAUCCUCCGAAACGGUAAUGCACUGUUAGAAGAAAUUCUUCUGAAUGAAUCUGGAUGCAACCUUGAUCUGGAAGUUAAAGCUUGUCAGGAUGAACACAAAAAUAUUCUGAGGAAACAAACCAAAAUGCUGAAAGAGUGUGGCAGUCAGGCUCAGUCUGAAGGGCAGAGCUUUCCCAUCCUCAGUCGCUAUGUAGAGAUAAAAAUAGUCUCCGAUGUCCACUUCAGGAAACAGAGCGCUGAGGAAUACGAGGCCCUGGCAGCCGCUGGCGAACUGAACGAAUAUCGCCUCCGCCACAAAACGCAAGCCGAGUUGGAACGGAUCACGCCGGAUCGUCUCUUCCGCUGGUGCUUUCGAUCCGGCCGCUCCCCUCGGUCUGUGAUGGUGAGCGGAGUGGCUGGGGUGGGCAAGACGACCCUUGUGCAAAAAUUCGUGUUUGACUGGGCCACAGGGAGACAUUACCAGAAAUUCGCUUUCGUUUUCCUCUUCAAAUUCCGAGACCUUAAUGCCUUGGGGCCAACAACCAGUCUGGAACAGCUCAUCCAACAGGCGUACCCCCAGUUAAGUGACCACCUUCCAAUGAUUCUACAGGACACAAAGAAACUGUUGUUCAUCUUUGAUGGUUUGGAUGAGAGCAACUGCGACUUGGAUUUGAGCCGGAACCGAUCCCAAGACCUCUGCGACCAGGUGGGAGACGUGAAACCCGUCUGCGUGAUCGUGGCCAGCUUGCUCAAACAGACCCUUCUCAAAGGCUGUUCUGUCCUCCUGACCAGCCGGCCAAACAAACUCGUUCACUUGGAGACUGGGGUCCUCCAUCGCGUGGCCAGCAUCGUGGGCUUCCUUUCCCAGGAACGAGAAAGAUACUUCCGCAACUUCUUUGAAGAUGAUGUGGUCACCCACAAGGCCUUGUCCUAUGUGAGGGACAGCCAAGUUCUCUACACCCUCUGCUACAAUCCCUCCUACUGCUGGAUCACUUGCACUGCGUUGCAGCCUUGCUUUACCUCCAAGACGGGCCAGCUUCAACCCCUUCCAAAAACCAUGGCCCAGCUCUUUGUGAGCUACAUGAAGCACAUGUUGGCCAAUCACAGCAAGCAGCUCCCUGGACCGCCAGAAGUGCGGGAGAUGCUGAUAAAGCUGGGCUGGUUGGCCGAUUAUGGCCUCAACAACCACACCUUGGUCUUUGACCAAAACUAUUUGGAGGCCUUCAAUUUGGACAGGUCUCCUUUCCUAACGGCCUUCCUGGUGGAGAACAUCCAAGCUGGCAUCUCGGUCUCUUCAGUCACCUAUUCCUUCGUUCACCUCACCGUUCAAGAGUUCUUCGCUGCCCUCGUCCAUUACUUAGACUUCAAGGAGCAGAAUUUUGAGGACGUCAUGGUGUCAGCUAAGAGUAACCGAGGUGGGGAGUAUGAAAUUUUUUCUCGUUUUCUCUGUGGCCUCUCUCACCCUGCCACGAGGGCACCCCUGGAGGAGAACUUGGGGAAGUUCUCCACGGUGACCACCAAGCGUGUCAUUGAAUGGCUCGCCAAGAUGGACUGGAAAACUUUGAUAAGCAUGGACACCGGUGGCAGAAAAAAUGGCACGGAAAAGAAAAGGAAGGCCAUGAACAUCUUCCAUUUGCUUUUUGAGGCUCACAAUACUCAGCUCGUGCGUCAGGCGGUGGAGGAGACUUCCUAUAUGGACUUCUCGGAGCUGUUCCUCAUGCCCGUCGAUUGUAUCAUCCUUGCUUAUGUCUUCAGCUGUUGCAGGCAGAUUGCGGGCCUAAACCUUGACUCCUGCCUCAUCCAGGUGGAAGGGUUGCAACGGCUUGGCCCUCAGCUACACAAGAUCAGAGAACUGAGUCUCCAAAACAAUGACCUGAAAGAUGCGGCAGUGAAGGAUCUCGUUUGUGCCUUGACGCAUCCGGACUGCAAACUGGAGAGCCUGAGCUUGGCAAAAAAUGCCUUUACCGAACCAUGCUGUGAAGACCUGGGUUCUGCUCUGUCAGUGAAUCAGACCCUCCUGAAGCUUGAUCUGUCCAAAAAUAAACUGCAGGACGGAGGCCUUUCCAGCCUGUUGAAGGCAUUCAGUGAUCCCCGGUGCAAGAUAAGGGAACUGGUGAUCCAGGAAAACAGUUUAUCAGACGCAUCUUGCAAAACUCUUUGCUCUGCUCUCGCCAGGAACACGAGCCUCCAGCUGCUAAACUUGAACGGCAACUAUUUCACAGAUCGGUGCCAUGAAGAGAUGUGUGAUCUCAUUUUGCAUUCCCCUGUCCUUAAAGAAAUCAGGUUGAGUUUAAAUCAGUUCUCUUCAGAGGCGGAAGGAUACCUGAAACAACUUGAAAGUGUCCGAGAAGGUUUAAAGAUUGACUUUUAGAGCGUGAUCGUGGGCCCUCUCUUCCUAGUAGUUAUUGGCAAAAGCAAGAAAGGAAUGACCAAUACGUUUGGGAGUGGACUAUCUAAAUAUGCUGGAUACAAGAGGAGUACUUGUGUUGGCCCAGCCAAGUGGAUCCAGUGAUGCAUUCAAAGAACUUUAGGAAUUAUAAACUGAACGAAAGUCUCUAGAACAGGGG